AUGUCACUACAGGAUACCCCAUUCCGCUCGGCGGACAUGAGCAUGGUGCAGCUGUAUGUCUCCAAGGAAAUCGAUCGGGAGGUUGUGGUUGCACUGGGCGAGCUUGGAUUGUGCCAGUUUCGCGACCUCAACGAGCAUGUUAGCUCCUUUCGGCGAACUUUCACGCAGGAGAUCCGACGUCUUCAUAACGUCGAACGACAGUUGCGAUACUUCCAUGCGCAGAUGAGAAAGGCCGGAAUCCGGUUUCGAAUGCUUGACCUUGAUACCGAGAGUCUUGCGUCGCCCCCCACCCCGGAAAUUGAUGAACUCGUCGAGCGGAGCCAGAAGCUUGAGCGUCGCAUCUCCGCACUGAACGAUAGCUACGAGAUACUCAAGAAGCGUGAGCGCGACUUCACUGAAUGGCGGUGCGUGCUGAGGGAGGCUGGUAGCGUUUUUGAUCACGCUUCCGGCAACCUGGAGCAGAUUCGAGCCUCAACACACCACGAUGACGCGCCGUUGCCCUCCGACAUUCAGCAGUAUCGCGCUGCACCUAACGUAGAGAGAGGCCUUUCCACUAUGAGAGUUGACUUCAUCGGUGGCGUCAUCUCCAGGGACCGUGCUGCUACCUUUGAGCGUAUCCUUUGGCGAACUCUUCGUGGCAACUUGUACAUGAAACAGUCCGAGAUUCCGGAGCCAGUAACUGAUCCCACGAACAACGAGGCUGUUAGGAAGAACAUUUUUUUCAUCGUCACUCAUGGCAAAGAGAUUGCCGCAAAGAUCCGGAAGAUCGCUGAAUCCAUGGGAGCUGGAGUAUACAAAGUCGACGAGAACAGCGACCUUCGACGUGACCAAAUUCAAAUGGUGAACAAUCGUCUCGAGGACGUCCAGAGUGUCCUUCGCAACACCCAGGCUGCUCUUGAGGCAGAGCUCAACCAGAUUUCGCUGUCUCUGUCUGCCUGGAUGGUGCUCAUCGCAAAGGAGAAAGCUGUAUAUGCCACCCUCAACCUUUUCCUUUAUGAGCCUGGCCACUGGGCCCUCAUUGCUGAGUGUUGGUGUCCGACAAAUAAUUUGCCUCUCAUUAGGACUACUCUCCAGGAAGUCGCCAGCCGAGCAGGCGUCCCUGUUCCGUCAAUCGUCAGUAAAAUUCGAACCAACAAGAAACCGCCUACUUAUCUGAAGACCAAUAAAUUUACGGAAGGCUUCCAGACCAUCGUCAACGCGUAUGGUACAGCCACCUAUCAGGAGGUUAACCCGGCAAUACCUGUCAUUGUUACUUUCCCUUUCCUUUUUGCUGCAAUGUUUGGUGAUUUUGGGCACGCUCUUAUCAUGGUCUCCGCUGCGUUGGCCAUGAUCUAUUGGGAGAAGCCUCUGAAGAAGGUUACGUUCGAACUGUUCACCAUAAUCUUCUACGGCCGAUACAUUGCACUAGUCAUGGCCGUUUUCUCUUUGUUCACUGGCCUCAUAUACAAUGAAGCCUUUUCCAGGUCUAUGACCAUAUUUGACAGCGCUUGGGCGUUUAGGAAACCGGAGAGCUGGCAAGAAAAGAGGCCUAUUUCUGCUAUAUUAAACGACGACGGCUACCGCUAUCCGUUCGGUCUCGAUUGGGCAUGGCAUGGAACAGAGAACGAUCUUCUCUUCAAUAACAGCUACAAGAUGAAGAUGAGUAUCAUCCUCGGCUGGGCUCACAUGUCGUACUCUCUUUGUUUCUCCUAUAUCAACGCGAGCCAUCUCAAGAAACCCAUUGAUAUCUGGGGUAACUUCCUCCCUGGAAUGAUCUUUUUCCAGGCUAUCGUCGGUUACCUCGUAUUUUGCAUUGUCUACAAGUGGUCAGUGGACUGGCUCGGCACUGGUGCGCAGCCUCCUAGCCUUCUAAACAUGUUGAUCUACAUGUUCCUGCAGCCUGGAACUGUUGAUGAGCGCUUGUACGCUGGUCAAGAGCAUGUCCAGGUCAUUCUGCUUUUAAUAGCUUUUGCCCAGAUCCCAAUUCUCCUUUUCCUCAAGCCCUUCUUUCUUCGGUGGGAACACAACCGUCGCUGUUAUCAGGCUUACCGCGGCAUUGGCGAAACCUUUCAUGUUAGCGUCCUGGGCGGUGACGAUGAGAGCGAGGCUUUGGCCAGUCGACACGGCAAUAGCUUUGGAGAUGAUGAGGAAAGUGUUACAUCAAUGACCCAAAACAUUGGUGAAGACUACGAGGAGUUUAAGUUUGCCGAGGUCAUGAUUCACCAAGUCAUCCACACUAUUGAGUUUUGUUUAAACUGCGUUUCCCACACUGCUUCGUACUUACGUCUCUGGGCCUUAUCGCUGGCCCACCAACAACUGAGUAUAGUGCUUUGGAAGAUGACUCUAGGUCGUGCUUUGAACAUGGAAGGCGUUCUUGGUGUCAUUAUGAUUAUCGUCGGCUCCUGUGUGUGGUUCUGCCUUACUAUCGCCAUUUUGGUGUGCAUGGAGGGUACCAGUGCCAUGUUGCACUCGCUCAGAUUGGCAUGGGUUGAGUCCUUCUCCAAGUUCGCAGAGUUUAGGGGUUGGUCGUUUGCACCAUUCUCGUUCAAAAAUCUAUUGGAGGAGUCGGAAGAGUUGAAAGACUACUUGGGAUGA